AUGGUGGGGAGGAAAGGAAAGAAACUAAAACAGCCUGGAGGUAAAAUAAUCUCGCUGAAAACAGCUCAGAGCUGCGUGGAAUUCAAACUGGACGGCAAACCUCGUCUGGACCUGAGUUUUAAGGGAAUCUCUGCGGUGCCAAAGUGCAUCCAGAAGCUGUGCGACGUGGACGAGGUGGACCUGAGCAGAAACCUGAUCAGGAAGAUUCCUGAUUUUAUAGGACAGUUUGUCAGCAUUAGUGUUUUGGAUCUGCACAGCAACUAUGUGGAGCAGCUCCCUGUGAUCAUCGGCCGCCUCCAGAACCUGCAGGUCCUGAACCUGUGCAACAACCGUCUGACUGACCUUCCCAGUGAGCUGGGGCUGCUGAAGAAGCUCCACACUCUGAACUUGGGUCUGAACCUUCUCGAGGCUCUUCCCUCCUCCAUCGCUGCAUUGAAGGAGCUACAACACAUCGGCCUCUCCGACAACCGCUUCGCCCGCAUCCCCGUGUGUUUAUCCAGGCUGCCCAAAUUGGAGAAGGUGAACCUGGACAGGAAUCCGGUGGUCACCGGGCAGACGCAGGAGUCAAUAAUGGUCACAGAGAGACUUUAUCUGGUCAAAGAGAGCUUCCUGUGUGAGGACUGUCUGAGGAAGUGCCAAAGUGAGAGCAGGAACAUGGAAGAACAGGAUGGAAGCCAAGUAUCUGCAGAAGAGGAGACAUAAACACUGGAUCACUUUUGGAAAAAUAUAAGAUUUUCAUUGGAAGUGACCAGGAUGGACAGGAUAAUGAGCUUAUUGGAGGAACAACUCAGGUUGGACAGUUUGGAGAUAAAGUAAGAGAUUAAACGUUGAGAUGUCUUGGUCACGUGCAGAGGAGAGAAAAUUUUAGGAUAAGACGCAAACUAGAAGGUUCCCUUCCUAGAUACCAAAGCACCAGGCAUCGGGACCUGAUACACUUGCUAGAAUCUGUGAUGACGCCUCACUGUUCAGAUGUCAGAUGUCGUUGUCUUAGUUCUCCUCAGAUCUGAGCUGUCUUCAAUAAAAAUCUUUCAAUUUAACUCCAGAGGUUCCAUCAUUGGUUGUUUCACCUGAUUAUCAAAUCUCUGCAAACAAAAGUGAUUAAAAUGGACUCCAUCUUCAAACUCCAUGUUGAAGAUGGAGCGGCUCGGCAGGAGGAGAAGAGGAAGACCACAGAGAAGGUUCAUGGAUGUUGUGAAGGAGGACAUGAGGACAGUUGGUAGAACAGAAGAGGACACAAGGGAGAUGAUCCACUGUGGCAAGAAGCUGAAAGAAGGAGAAGAAGAAGACAUUCAUAAAAGGCAUAAAAUGAAUAUUUCUUGAAUCUUGAAUGAUUAUUCCUUUUAUUUUUACUCUCUGACCUCAGUCAAUAAUAUGGUACCCAAACCAAAAACUGGACAACAGCACCACCUGCUGUCGAGAAGGAUCAUCCAAUCCUUUUAAAUCAACAAACCACAUUGUUAUUCAAAAUUAAUUUUCAAAACCAAAAAAACUCUAAAGGUCUGAUCAUCUUAGGUAAAAAAAUGUUAAACCAGGAGCAGAAAAUUGUCGCUUUUUUACGAUUUCAACUGCAAAAAUUAGAAAUUCAAGCACCAAAAAGCACAUUUUCACAGAUAAUUCGUUUUCAGAUUUGUGGUCAGAAGCAAAUGUUACCUGCAGGAAAAUUAACAUAUACAGUAAAUUAUUUAUCAGUUAUUCAAUCAUGCCAUGUUGAUUAUAUGUAAUAUGUUAAAAUCU